UAUCGCCAUUGAACACUAAACUAACUCACAUACAGUUGUUCUUUCGUAAACUUAGCUGGAUACUUUACUGCAGCAAAGAAAAUGAUCACAGAAGACAAUUGGAAAGACCUAGAGGUAAAAGGAUUUACAGUUGUACCAAAUGUAUUAACAGCAGAAGAAUGCGACAUAGCCAUUGCUGAUUAUAGGACUUGGCUGAGUGGAUUCGGAGAAAACUUUCCAAACACAUACAAUUCAAUAAUAUGGGGUUAUAACGUUGGACAUAUGGAUGUAACAUGGCGUCUGAGGCUAAAAGUGAAACCCGUGUUCUCUCAGAUCUGGAAAACAGACAAACUUCUUACUAGUUUUGACGCUGUCGCUAUUGGACGUCCUCCUGAAGAUGGCGUUGAAAGGUUUGACGAUCCAAAGCAGCACUGGCUUCAUGCUGAUUGUACUCCAUCUAGAAUUGGACUGCAUGCUUACCAAGGGGCGCUCUAUUUGGAAGAACAAGAAGAGGAUGAUUGGACGUUCCAGGUUAUGGAAGGAUCGCAUAGAAAGCUUGAAGAAAUGUUUGCUAAAUUUCCUGACAGUGCCGAACGAGCUCGCCGAUGUGGAUGCCAUUUUGAUUUAUCUGAACAAGAUGUUGCGUAUUUCAAAAGCCUCGGAUGUGAUGUAGUUCGUGUCCCGGUUCCAAAAGGCGGUCUUGCACUAUGGGAUUCUAGACUGGUACAUGCCAAUGCGAGACCGUUAAAGAAUCGGAGAAACAGUUGUAGAUGGCGUUUCGUCACUUUUAUAUCAAUGACGCCAGCAAUUUGGGCAAAUGAAGAAGAUAUAAGGAAACAUCAGGAAAUGUUCAAAAUGCAGACACUAUCAACACAUUGGUCUUCACAGGGAAUCAAAUAUGCUGAUGUUUCACUUGAUAAUAAAUCGUCCCCAUCAAAACCAGUACCAGCUACUUUACCGGAAAUAGCACGUACUGAGGAAGUUAUGGAACUAUCCGCUAUGUUACCAUACAAUUACAGUGACGGUAAACCAAACGGAGAUGAUUUCAAGCCGGUAUGGAGAAGAUCUGCUAGCAUAUCUCUCACUGAGGAGGAGGAUUUGGAAAAGAAAUAUGCAAAUGGACAUAUUUAAUACAGGUGCAUGUUGAAGAUAUUGCUGGUUCUGACUUCUUUACAAACCAGAUGUCUUAUCGCAUGGUGCGGCGAUGUUUCUUUGAUCUUUACAAAAUGAUGAACAUUGUAAUACGCAGUAUUAGACAAAAGCUGUGCUGGUGUGUAACAAAACAGUAUAUAUCAUAUUGGUCUGGCUACCGACUAGAUAAUCUUUAUGUGUUAUUUUAAUCAUUUCUCAUAUAUUCUGACGAUCUUUCUUGGCCCAGUGUUUUGAGAAGAAAAGGGACAUAAUUAUACAAAAGUUUGAAUAGCCUCAGGAGUUGUUUCCUGUGAACAAAACACAGGGUCUGAACACAGACUAACAUUAUAAUAUAUGAGCACGCCAAUUCCAUUUCCACAAGCAUUAGGGCCUAUAAAAAUUCAUUUAAACGAUUACAUGUACAUACAUCAGUUUGAGUACUUCAAAGAAUGUCAAUGAUAUAAAGUCA